AUAAUAAUGAGGCUUGCAUUGUAUCUUACCAUAAUCUUGGGUAUUGCCCAAGCCCAGUUCGCUUGUCCUACCUUUUCAUGUGGGAAGAUCAAGAACCAAAACGGAGAAAAGAAAUGCGUAGAAGUCAAUGACAAAGGAGAUCAUUUCACCACCCAACAUUGAGAUAAGGAUGAGUUCUGUAGUGCAUCUCUUUGGAAAAAUCCAUCUCAAGCAACUGCUGACGCUUAUUGAUACAAGAGACACGAGAUGAAAUCGAUAAACUUUACAGUUCCAGGAGACUACUGUAACAAUACAGUAGAGUGAUUUGGUAAACAAGGAGAGGUAGAUUGAAUCAAGAACAAAUGUACCCUAACUACUGAUUCGCCCUAUUGCGAUUUAGGACCUAACAAGCAUCAGAUGUGCAAUGUGAACCAAUACUGCAUGAAUAAAGUAUGUGUCCCGGCUAAGAAAGAAGGUCAAAUCUGCAGAGGAAGGUAUGAAUGUGAAUUUGGCCUUCAAUGCUAUGCUAAAGGCCCAUUAUUUUCAAAGUUUAAAUGCUAUCCUCCCCACAAGCUUGGUGAUGACUAUGAAUUUGAUACUUCAAUGAUGACAAAUGGGUAUGAUAACUUCCUAGGAUAUGACAGUGUCUGUGAAUCCCACUAUUCUGUAAUAAAUGAGGAUUAUCCAACUAGAAGGAUCUGUAGAAAAGGAGAUAGGAGUGAAGAGCAGGAUACCAAUAAACUAAGACAGAGAGAAGGAAUUGGAGGUUUCUGCAAUUAUUACACCUAUAACGAUCCUUCAGCACCAGGUAGUCCUGUUAAGGUCAAAGAUUACUCCAAAUGUGGGUUUAACAGAGAUAGCUCAGCAUGGUGCUCACUAAGAAGAGGAGACAACUCCUUUACUAAAGUUCUUGAACAAAUUAAAAAAAUCGAUUGGAAUGACAUAAACUGACAUGUGUAUUCUAACAUCUAUGGAUGAGAUGAAUUUAGUAAAAUAGACAAGGAUCUUAUGAAAAAAUUUGAAAAGCUCAUGAAGCAGACUGACAAUUCAUUUGGAUCCCCUGUAGUUGCCAAUAAUGAUAAAUGCGUUGCAGAAACAAUCACAAGCAGCUUCUGGCAAGGAGACAGUCCAAACAGUGCAGACUACCUAUCAUUGACCCUUGCUAGUGUUCUUGUAGUCGUGCUAUACAUGACUUAGAUAUAAAUCUCACGAUACAUCAAGAAGGAAUUUUCAGCGAAAUUAUUCAAC